CAGCAGCAAUGGGAGGCCAUACAGCACACUAUGACAAAAUGGAACCCACCAGCAGUGUGAGGAGACCUGAAAGUGGCACAUGGCAGAGUGUGGCGAUGGAGACAGCAGCAAUGGGAGGCCGUACAGGGACCCAUGACACACUCUGGACCUGGCAGCAGCAUGAGGAGGCGGUACAGGGGCCCAUGACAGAUUACGGGCCUGGCAGCAGCAUGAGGAGUCGGCGGUACAGGGGCCCAUGGCAGAGUGGAGGAGCGUAAGCAGCUAAAAUUGAAGGCCAUACAGAGGCCUAUGUUAAAAAUUCCCCCCAGCAGCAGCGUGGGGAGACGACUAUCAAGAGUCCAAUGGCAGAGUGGCGGAGCAGAAGCAGCUUCAAUUGAAGGCCAUACACAGGCCUAG